AGAUAAAUUACAUACGUUUAUACGAUAUAACAAUAGUCAUAAUUGUCAUGUUUAACACAAAUUCAUUGAAAAAUAUUUGAUGUUCAACUGUACUGUUUUAAUGCUCACAUAAACACCUGAUUAAACACUUUCAGUAAUUUAUGUUGUCACGACUUUCCACAGUAAUUUGCACUAUUCCUGUACGAGUAUAAGCAGUCACAUGUGUACAUAUUAUAAUCAGAAAAUUUGUGAAAAAGAAUUUGUAACGUGCAUAUUUUACUAUUUGGUUAUCUAUCUAUCUAGUGUUUGUGUAAAUCCUAGUACUUAAUAUUUAUAGUGCAAUGCUUUGUAGCAAGAAUACUGUAGUGUUUAUGAUAGUACUUAAAGUCGUUCUAAAUCUUAUUCUAUUGGCACAAUGUGGGAGAGUGAAGAGAGUGAUUGGGGCCGUGGAUGUCGACUGUGGCAUACAACCGUACGUAGCAUCUCUACGAAACUCUAGCAGCCUGUGUCAUUUGUGUGGAGCCACCAUCCUGUCUCCGACCUCCGCGCUGACUGCAGCGCACUGCGUGACCAGAGAUGCAAGCCAGUACGUGCUGCAGCUGAACAACUACUGCUCACAUGGUGAUGUGCCGCCCAAAGCCGACGUUUUGCAGAUUAUCAAACAUCCUCUUUAUAAUCCGAUCACGAGAGCGCAUGAUGUGGCUGUACUACGGAUCGCACUACACCUCACUGACGUCACAUGGCUGUCCCGCUCCUUGCUGCCCACAUCUACCUUCGGGCUAUCAGGAGAAUGCACAAUUUACGGGUAUGGCUAUAAAGAGGUGAACUCAGGGACUACGUCGGAUCGGCUAUCAGCCGGUACGCUGCGCAUAGUCUCGCUGGACGAGUGCACGGCGGUGCUGGGCCCGUUCGCCGCGCCCCGACAUGACAGCGGCAUGAUGUGCGCUGUUGGCGAAGGCGUCGACGCCUGCCAGGGUGAUUCGGGAGGUCCUCUGUUCUGCUCGGGCAGAAUCCAGGCAGUGAGCAGCCACGGCAUCAGCUGCGGCGUGCCGGGCCUGCCAGCAGUCUACACCAGCAUAGGACCACAUCUCCAAUGGAUACGAGAACUCAUACGGGAUGAUUGAUUCUUGGAAUUAAAUGCGGAUACAAGCGA